UCUACCAGUUGGGUUAUUUGGUUUGGAGCCAAACUACCCUCCUUUUCAAAACCUCCAUCUCUUUCGCGCCGUCAUCUCUCUGUCGCCGUCUCGCUCUCUACUCUGAUCUGUUGCAAUCUUCCAAAACCUCCAAAAUAAUCUUUCUUGGAUAGGCUAUAUUAGUUCGGUUCAAGUUCGCUUACUAGAGUUGACUUUGCAAAUGAUCAAUACGGAAAGCAAUGGUAAUGGAAUGGCUGUUGGUGAAACUGCCAGUGCUGCUAAUGAUAAGCAACUGCCUGCUGCUCUAAAAAAGACUGCAUUGAGAGAGUUGCAGAAUGAAAAUGUGAGAUCAAUAAAUAAGCAGCAAGAGAGUUCACCAUUUGGAGGGGGAAGACCAAGUGGUAAUGCGAUUAAGGUCUGUGGAACAAAACGAUUGACACCAGAGCGCCCAUCAAGUUCUAGUCAUCUGUACAUGGCUUGUAAUGGUGCAAACGAGAAUGUCAUGAAUGCCCGUAGAAGAUUUGAAUUUGAGCUAGGGAGGGGAAGACUUCAGGAUAUGGAAAAAUAUUCUGAUAGUCCUCAGUUAAGGAAUAUGAGCCAAAUGCUGCAGGAAAUUCCACAAAAGGAAACUCAUAUGAAGGAGAAACAUAUUCAUCUUAUUCCCGUAGCUUCAAAAAAUCAAAUAGCUCCAAUGAUGACUUUUUCAAGUGGUGGACCAUCGGUUCCUAGUUCUCUUGGUAAGCGAAGUAAUGUCUCACAAGCUCCUGGAUCUGAUAACCCUAAGGUUUCGUCAGAUCUUCCUCACAAAAUUGAUUUGAAGCGAACCAAUGAGCAACUAAGAACAGAUCGGUUCAUUCAACUGCACAAGAUUUUGGAACAUCUUGAAAAGACUAACCCGAAAGAGUAUAUUCAAAAGCUUUUGAAUUUGUCCCCUGCUGAGCUUAGUAAGCACGCUGUAGAGUUGGAGAAAAGAGCAAUCCAGUUGGCACUAGAGGAAGGAAAAGAGAUGCAACGGAUGAAUGCACUCAACAUUUUGAGAAGGUCUGGUAAAUGAACAACCCAUCUUCUAAACUCAACUCUGGCUUUCCAAUAAAUGAUUAGUGGUAGAAGUCACUUGUGGGGCUGAAGCACCUUUAGGGAUUCAUCGUGUAGUUCAAUUUGACGUAGCCUUAGACAGAAGCUGCUGGCUUCUUGUACUAUGCUGCAAACAAUUUAAUAGCUUAGCUUCUGUUUUCUGAACUAUCAUUUUGAAAACUAUUAUAGUUACUCAGGUCAAAUUGUUCUGUAUUUUUUCAAAUCAUCGAUCCUCUUUAGGAAAUAUACAGUUUAUUUAAGUUAGCAGA